GCAACAUCAUCGCUUUUCCGGCAUGCUCCUAGUUGAAGAGCAGCAAAGCGCCUCACUGCGAUUUUUUCCACGAUGUCUGUUAAACUAAAUGCGCUAAACAGUGAUUCUUACAUUGACAUUAGCCAAUACAGAGACCAACACUUUAAGGGUAAUCGCUAUGAUCAGGAGAAGCUUCUGAAGCAGAGCAACACUUUGUAUGUGGGCAACCUCUCCUUCUACACCACCGAGGAGCAGGUACACGAGCUGUUUUCUAAAAGUGGAGAUGUCAAGCGUAUCAUCAUUGGCCUGGACAAAAUCAAGAAGACUGCUUGUGGGUUCUGCUUUGUCGAAUACUACACCCGUGGAGAUGCAGAGCAUGCCAUGCGCUUCAUUAAUGGCACACGGCUGGAUGACCGCAUCAUCAGGACAGACUGGGAUGCCGGCUUCAAGGAAGGAAGACAGUUUGGUCGUGGCAAAUCAGGAGGACAGGUGAGAGAUGAGUACAGGCAGGAUUAUGAUCCAGCGAGAGGCGGUUAUGGUAAGCUGGCUCAGCAGCAUCGACCCACAGAGGUGCGCAAUAGUUUUUAGAAUAAAGUCCACAGCAGUCUGCCUGGACUAGAGUCCCAGCUGUCAGUCCUGCUCCGGAUUAACUCUCCCACAAGGUCACAGCAAGCUACCACAGAUCAUCUGAAUUUUGUCAUGAAAGCCCUGUGCAGCAGUCCUGCUCGGACCACUGGAUCCAGGUGUGAGCAGAUGUUAUUUAUUUGUUUUGGAGGCUUGGUUUUUGCUCUGCCCACCUCUGCGACUAAUAUACCUGCCAUCUGUCUACAUGGUUGACAUGUGAUAUUUGGUGAUGUUUAUUAUCCUGUGUAAAGAAAUGCCAUUGAUUUUCCUGCAGGCUGGAAACCCUCUGAUAAAGUUGUCGUCUUGAUUUUCUGUGUCAUGUUCAAAUAACAACCUGAAAUUUUGAAGAUGUAGUCUGCUGUUCCAUGUUUGAAACCAUGUCCAAAACUGCAUACUUUUUAAAAUAAAGUCUUGUUUUUUUGAAAGUUCA